CCUUACUAAUUGGAGACGCAAUGGCUCGUACUAAGCAGACAGCUCGAAAGUCAACCGGCGGGAAAGCACCGAGAAAACAGCUAGCUACCAAGGCCGCACGUAAGAGCGCGCCAGCAACUGGAGGAGUUAAAAAGCCCCAUCGCUACAGGCCGGGAACAGUUGCACUCCGUGAGAUUCGCCGUUACCAGAAGAGCACAGAAUUGCUCAUCCGCAAACUGCCUUUUCAACGACUUGUUCGUGAGAUUGCCCAGGACUUCAAGACCGAUCUUCGAUUCCAGAGUUCUGCUGUGAUGGCUCUUCAAGAAGCCAGCGAAGCUUAUCUCGUUGGUCUUUUCGAAGACACCAAUCUUUGCGCUAUUCAUGCCAAGCGAGUCACCAUCAUGCCCAAGGACAUCCAGCUAGCUCGACGCAUCCGAGGAGAGAGAGCUUAA